CCGAUUCUGACGACGAAGCUGGGGCAUCUGGCCAGUCUGAAAUGGAUUUCUUGCGGAACCUCUUCUCCCGGACGCUGGGCCUGGGCAGCGAGAAGCCUGAGAAGGUGCUGGAUGAGCUGACGUUGGAGGGUGUGAGCAGGUUCCUGCUGAGUGAGAAAUGCAAGAAGGUGGUGUGCAUGGUGGGAGCAGGGAUCUCGACCGCUGCGGGGAUCCCAGACUUCCGUUCCCCAGGCACGGGGCUCUAUGCCAAUCUGCAGCAGUACAACCUGCCAUACCCCGAAGCCAUCUUUGAAAUCAGCUACUUCAAGCAACACCCAGAGCCAUUCUUUGCCUUGGCCCGGGAGCUGUACCCAGGGCAGUUUAAGCCCACCGUCUGCCACUACUUCAUACGCCUCCUAAAGGAGAAAGGGCUGCUGCUGCGCUGCUACACUCAGAACAUUGACACUUUGGAACGGGUAGCCGGUCUGGACCAGGAAGACCUGGUAGAAGCUCAUGGCACCUUCUUUACCUCUCACUGUGUCAGCAGCUUGUGCCGGAAGUCAUACAGUCUAGACUGGAUGAAAGAAAAGAUCUUCUCAUCUCUUAUCCCCAAGUGUGAAAAAUGUCAGAGCGUGGUGAAACCAGAUAUUGUCUUCUUUGGGGAGAACCUGCCUUCCCGUUUCUUCUCUCUGAUGCAGUCAGAUUUCCGCAACGUGGAUUUGCUAAUCAUCAUGGGCACCUCCCUGCAGGUGCAGCCGUUUGCUUCCCUUGUUGGCAGGGUGCCCAUAAAUAUUCCCCGGCUCUUGAUCAAUAAAGAGAAGACUGGGGAGAGCGACCCUUUCAUGUCCCUGAUGGGCUUUGGAUGCGGGAUGGACUUUGAUUCCGAGAAGGCAUACAGGGAUGUUGCCUGGCUUGGAGACUGUGAUGAAGGCUGCUUGGCAUUGGCAGAGCUCCUGGGAUGGAAGAAAGAGCUGGAGAAACUGGUGAGGGAGGAGCACACGGCUAUAGACGCCAAGUCAUGCCAGGCUGUCGGAGACGGGGCAAGCGCCUCCAGGCCUCUGGCCAAGGAAGCGAAGCAGCCGCCGUCCCCAAAGGAGAAAGGCUGUCCAGGCAGCGAAGAGGAAUAA